AUGACCAUCAAGCAAAUACUCGCCCACCUAGGCGGCGUCUUUCCCAUGGACGACGCCAUUAUCGAGGCCCUCCCCCCGGGACGAACAUUCCUCUCCGUCACCCACUCCGCAACAAGCGCCUGGACCAUCACGGGAAAAGUCACUGCCAUCAACCCGCUCCAAACCGAAGAAUACUACUUCGUCAAGAUCGCCUACGGCGAGACCGGCCGGAUCAUGCUCCGCGGCGAAUACGAGUCCUCCAAGAUCAUCCACCAAACCACCCCCGACUUCAUCCCCCAACCCAUCCACUUCGGCCAGUACCACCACCACCACAUCACAUCACCGCCCCCCGGAGACGGUCCAGCACUCCAAGCCUACUUCUACCUCUCCGCCUUCGUCGACAUGGACGUGACCACGCCUCCCAACCCGGCCGAAUUCACCGCCCGCCUGGCCCGCUUACACCGUCUCAGCACAUCACCAACAGGGCGGUUCGGCUUCGCCGUGCCCACAUGCGACGGCGACCGCGCCCACGUGGUAGACUGGCAGGAAAGCUGGGCAGAGUUCUACCGCAACUUAUUCCUAGGCGUGUGCCGGCUCGAUCUGGCGCGGAACGGCGCGUGGCCGGUGUAUGAGCGGGUGAUGGGGGCCGUUGUACGGGUGGUGAUACCGCGGUUGUUGGGGCCGUUGCAGGCGGACGGGCGGGUGCUGAAGCCGUGUUUGGUGCAUGGGGAUUUGUGGGAGGGGAAUGUCGGGGUGAGGAGGGGAGAUGGGAGGAGUGUGGUGUUUGAUGCUGGGUCGUAUUUUGCGCAUAAUGAGAUGGAGUUGGGGCAUUGGAAAUGCGAAUUCAGCACUGUGUUUCGAGACGAAGCCUACAUCGACGAAUAUGUGAAGCACUAUCCCAAGGCGGAGCCAGAGGAAGAAUUCUACGACCGCAUCCGGCUGUACAGUCUCAAAGGGGCGAUCAACUACUCAGCUGGGCAUCCGAACAGCGAGCUGAGGAAGACUGCGUACAACAACAUGUUGUAUCUUUGCGAGAAGUAUGCUCCCGUCGAGGGCGUCGAUAAGUACGACCCGGCAACCGACCCGUGGCUCACGGGUGCUUCUAUCGUCCCUCACAUGGCGGACGGGCUCAUUUAG